UCCAAUAAAACCCCAAAUUUCCUGAGAUUUUUUCUUACCUCUUUGAAAAAGUUUUGACAUAAAUUUUUUUUUUUGGUGCUUGAUGGAAUAACCCUCCCAAUUUGAUUAUUUUAUUUUAUUUUAUUUUGUUAUUCCAAUUUCUACAUUGCUAAAUCCAUUUCUUUGAAGUUCUUUUGGUUGCUUAAUGGAUCAACCAUUGCUGCCAAAUCCAGAUGCCAAAGAAGCAGAAGCAAAGGUGGUUUGCUUUGGUGUCUUAUAGAAAUAAAGGAAUUGCAGUGAAAUUUGUGGAGUUGGUGCUUUUGUUUAUCUCAUAGUUCGAUUACAAGGGUACAGACUAUGGCAUUUACUAAAAUGUUGAAGAAUUUUGAAUCAAGUAGGCUUUUGGAAAUUGGAUUUUGGAGGUUUUUACCGGUUUUUGCUCUACUGGUUACUAUAACCGACGGGUUAAAUUCUGAGGGACAGUUGCUACUGGAGCUUAAGAAUGGUUUUCGUGAUGAGUACAACUAUCUUUGGAACUGGAAGUCCACUGAUGAGACACCUUGUGGAUGGACCGGUGUCAGUUGUUCUUCAUACUACAAGCCAGUGGUUUGGUCUGUUGAUUUGAGUAAAAUGAACCUUUCUGGAACCGUGGACCCCAGUAUUGGUGGGUUGACCCACUUGAAGUUUCUUGAUCUGUCUUACAAUCGGUUCAGCGGAAGUAUUCCCAAGGAGAUACGAAAUUGUUCGUUUUUGGUCUUUCUUUAUUUGAACAAUAACCAAUUCAGCGGUCCAAUUCCCAGUGAAUUGGGUAGGCUGUCUUAUUUGAGCAGUUUGAAUAUAUGCAAUAAUAAAAUCUCUGGUUCCUUUCCAGAGGAGCUCGGGAAUUUGUCCUCCCUCGAGGAGUUUGUGGCAUACACAAAUAGCUUGACUGGGCCAUUGCCUCGCUCUAUCGGGAAUCUCCGGAAGUUGAGAAUAUUUCGAGCAGGGCAGAAUGCAUUUUCCGGUAGCCUUCCUGCUGAAAUAAGUGGAUGUCAAAGCUUGCAAAUGCUUGGUCUUGCCCAAAACCAUAUCGGAGGAGAACUGCCUAAAGAACUUGGAAUGCUUGGAAGUAUGACUGAUCUGGUUUUAUGGGAGAAUGAGUUGUCAGGGUUUAUUCCAAAGGAGCUUGGAAACUGUACAAGCCUCGAGACACUUGCAUUGUAUUCAAAUGCUCUUGUGGGGCAGAUACCUGCAGAGAUCGGGAACCUCAAGUUUCUGAAAAAGUUGUACCUCUAUAGGAACGAGUUAAAUGGAAGCAUUCCGAGAGAGAUAGGGAAUUUAUCUCUUGCAACUGAAAUUGAUUUCUCAGAGAAUUAUUUGACGGGUGAGAUCCCACCUGAGUUCGGGAAGAUAAAGGGUCUACGCUUAUUGCACCUAUUCGAGAAUCAGCUUACCGGUGUCAUACCAAAUGAGCUUAAUAGCUUGAGGUACUUGACGAAGCUUGACCUUUCGAUCAAUUAUCUCACAGGUCCCAUUCCUUAUGGUUUUCAAUAUUUGACUCAAAUGGUUCAGUUGCAGCUUUUUGACAAUUUUCUUAGCGGUACCAUUCCAAAGCUGCUCGGAGUAUACAGCCCACUUUGGGUGGUUGAUUUUUCGGACAACCAUCUGACAGGAAAAAUACCUCUUUAUCUUUGUCGACGUGCUAACCUUAUUUUAUUAAACCUUGGAGCUAAUAAUCUGCUUGGAGAUAUCCCGACUGGGAUUAAGAACUGCAAGACGUUAGUACAACUUCGUCUGGUUGGAAACCGGCUCAAUGGUAGCUUUCCUUCUGAAUUAUGCAAACUGGUGAAUCUUUCGGCUAUCGAAUUGGGGCAGAACAACUUCACUGGACCAGUUCCAUCAGAGAUCGGAAAUUGCAAAAAGCUACAAAGGCUUCAUAUUGCAGAGAAUCAAUUUAAUUCUGAUCUGCCUAAGGAAAUCGGCAAUUUGUCCGAACUUGUGACUUUUAAUGUCUCAUCUAAUUUGCUUUCUGGACGGAUUCCUCGUGAGAUAGUUAACUGCAAAAUGCUUCAGCGACUUGAUCUCAGCCAUAACAGCUUUGUGGAUACUUUACCAAGCGAGUUCGGGACCCUUACUCAGCUCGAGAUUCUGAAACUUUCAGAGAAUAAGUUCUCUGGAAAUAUACCUGCAGCUUUGGGGAACCUAUCGCGUUUGACUGAGCUGCAAAUGGGCGGCAACUUAUUUUCUGGUGAGAUACCUCAAGAGUUAGGUUCCCUUUCGAGCUUGCAGAUUGCAAUGAACCUCAGCAAUAACCACCUUACCGGAAAUAUACCACCGGAGCUUGGUAAUCUUAAUUUACUGGAAUUUCUCCUGCUCGAUGAUAAUAAUUUAAGUGGCGUAAUCCCCAGCACGUUUGAGCACCUAUCGAGUUUAUUGGGAUGCAACUUCUCGUACAAUAACUUAAGUGGACCUUUACCUGCUAUCCCAUUGUUCCAGAACAUGCCUGCAAGCAGCUUUGUAGAAAAUGAAGGGCUUUGUGGUAGGCCUCUUCAAGAUUGCAAUGUUGAUUCGUCUUCUCCUUCGGCGCUACCUGUGAAUAAUGAUACACGAGGAAGAAUGAUAACCAUAAUUUCAGGUGUUGUAGGUGGUGUUUCCAUUGUUCUCAUUAUAAUUCUUAUAUAUCAAAUUAGACGUCCACCUGAAAUCAUUGCACCAUCGCAAGAAAAAGAGAUAUCAUCUUCAUCUCCGGUUUCAGAUAUUUACUUUCAUCCGAAGGAAGGGUUUACUUUUCAAGAUCUAAUCGAGGCUACAAAUAACUUUCAUGAGAGUUAUAUUGUUGGACGGGGAGCUUGUGGAACAGUUUAUAAAGCCGUUAUGAAUUCUUUACAAACGAUUGCUGUUAAAAGGCUUGCAUCAAAUGCUGAGGGAAACAACAUCGAGAACAGUUUCCGGGCUGAAAUUCUAACACUAGGGAAGAUUAGGCAUCGAAAUAUUGUGAAGCUUUACGGUUUUUGUUAUCACCAAGGUUCCAAUCUGCUUCUUUAUGAGUACAUGGAAAAUGGUAGUUUGGGUGAAUUGAUUCAUGGUAGGGGCUCUUGUAGCUUAGAAUGGCCUACGCGGUUCACAAUCGCCCUAGGAGCUGCCGAAGGUCUUGCUUAUUUACAUCAUGACUGCAAACCGAAAAUCGUUCACCGUGAUAUCAAGUCCAAUAAUAUCUUACUUGAUGAAAAUUUUGAAGCACAUGUUGGUGAUUUCGGUUUGGCAAAAGUGAUUGACAUGCCCCAAUCUAAGUCCAUGUCGGUGGUUGCUGGAUCAUACGGCUACAUUGCCCCUGAAUAUGCAUACACUAUGAAGGUAACCGAAAAAUGCGACAUCUAUAGCUACGGGGUUGUUCUUUUGGAGUUGUUAACUGGAAAGACUCCCGUACAGCCAUUGGAUCAAGGAGGUGAUCUCGUCACGCACGUGAGACAUUAUGUUCGUGACCACUCAUUGACUUCCGGGAUACUUGACGACCGCUUAAACCUUAACAAUAAAAGCAUCGUCAAUCACAUGCUAACUGUCUUGAAAAUUGCUUUACUAUGCACUAACUUGUCCCCACUCGAUCGACCGUCUAUGCGUGAAGUUGUAGUGAUGCUUUUAGAAUCCAAGGGGCAUGACGACGACAACUCCAUGACCUCUUCUUCUCAUCAGUCUAUAUCAAGAAGUACGAAACUCGAGGUUAGACAAAGGGAAGAAUAAAGUUGAAGACUAAGUUGGUGAAUUUGGCUAUAAUUGGUACCGAGUAUUGCAAAGCUACUUCAAGGAUCCUAAAGAAGUCGGAGAUCGUCCACACUAUCAACCACAACUGCUCGGUAUUUUAUAUCGAAUCACGUUUGAGUUAUGGCAUGUAUAGGGAUUUAGUUAUUUUGUAUGUUUGUGAUUAUGAUUUUGCUAAAGAAUGGUGUGUAAGUAUUUGAUGAUGUAUGGUUAUUAAAAUGGUUAAGUA